CAGCAAAUGCCAUUUCGCUGUACAUCCAAAUCAUUCUGUCUGUCUGCGCAAGUGGUUAUUUACAUUUACUCGUAUCUUUUCUUCCUCUUCAUCUACCCACUCUCAGCUCGUAAUAUAAAUGGGCAACUGUUUCUCUGACCCGUCCAAACCGCCCGGCAAGGGACAGACUCUCGGCUCUACGCCUUCACAUCCCGCACAGUCCUCAUCAACAACCACCGCACCACCUACUUCCGCCGCCGGCCGACCGGCCAAGCAGAGGAUAAAUAGUCCGCCACCCCAGACGCUGGGGUCACCUGGGGCUGGAGGGGAUGCAGGGGAUCCGAGAGGAAGAGCCUUGCAAGCUGCUGAGGAAAGGGCAAAGGCUGCUCAAGGAAAAGGUGUGAAUGCAUCCAAUCCCAAGGCAGGACAGUUAUCGGGCAAGUUGGCCCAAGAGAGAAAGGCAGGGAGUGGGCCAGAGGCGGGAAAUGAACGCCUGAUGGAUGCCGGGCAGUGGAACUGAUCGGCAGCGAGAAGCAAAGGAAAGGAAGUUGUAAAGAGCGGGCAUGUCGGACAUCUUUGGGGUUGAGACAGCGCAGAGACACGUUUCAUUGGAAGGAGAUACCUGUCUAUCACAACGCUGCAUGAAGUAUUAAUGGGUGGUACAGCAGAUGCACCAAAACAGUUGAGAAGGCAGGACAGAGUGCAGCACCAUUAUGCUUGUAUGUAACUAUGUAUACCACUCUGUUUUGUAGAUGCACCAUCCAG